UUCACAAUGGAUCAUCGAAGCACUGCCCAGGAUAUACAUCGGUGUGAUAUUUGUGAGGCUGCUAUUAUACACAGUUACUGCGAUUUUUGUCAUGUCUACCUGUGCAAGCUAUGCAUAGGAGAACACAUCUCAGAUGGAUAUCAAAACCAUGCUAUAGUCCCGUUUGAAGAACGAAGAUCAACCUUGAUUUAUCCGAAAUGUCCAACACAUCCACAAAAAAGUUGCGAUUUGCAUUGUAAGGAUUGCAACAUUUAUAUUUGCACUUUCUGUUUGGGAUCUAAACAACACAAAGGACAUGAUAUUCGGGUACUUGCUGAUAUCUACAAAGAAAAGAAAGAAACUAUUCUAAAGGAGGGGAAUGAGUUAAAAAACUUACUUUCUCCGACAUAUGAAGAAAUGAUUCAUGAUUUAGAAAAACAGAUUGCCAAUUUGGAUAAAGGAUACGGAAAACUAACAGCAGCAAUUUUCAAACAUGGAGAGGAAUGGCACAAAGAAAUUGACGUCAUUAUAACAAAUAUGAAAACCGAAAUCUACGAAAUAAAAAUAAAACACAAAGACAUUUUACAAAAGCAUUUGGAUGAAAUCAAACAGAUACAAUCCCUCAUUGAUCAGACAGCUCAAACUUUAAAAGAAAUCGAGGAGUCAAAUGAAGUAUCCAUGACCAUUGGAUACAAAUCUAAAAACAGUGAGUUCAGCAAGCUUCCACUUAAGGUUAUGGUGUCACUGCCAACAUUCAUUCCAGAACCUGUAGACCAACAGAAGCUGUAUAGUUUAUUUGGACAGAUUAGAUCCAUACCUACGGCGUUGAAACAAUAUGUCUUGACUCCAAACAAACAAUCAAACACGUCGGUAAGGAAGCUCCUUGAUGAACCCGAGCUUGUUCUCGAAAUACAGACUUCCCUUUAUAACUUGAGAAAUGUUGCCUAUGUUACUGAUGAGAAAAUAUGGACAACAGGAGAGACAGAUGAAAUCAAAUGCUUGAAUGAUAGAGGCCAUAUUAUUCGAACAAUAAGGAUGAAAUUCAUGGAAUGGCCUGAUGAUAUAGUUGUAGACAGUUAUGGAGAUUUAAUCUUCUCUGCCAGUGAAGCAAGAACAGUGAAUAAAGUGAAGAACGAACAGAGCAAAGUGCUGAUCAAAUUAAAGAAAUGGACGCCUGGUCAGUUGUGUAUCACCUCUACUGGUGAUCUCCUGGUUACCAUGUUCAGUGAUGAUGACUCUCAAUCAAAAGUUGUACGUUACUCGGGAUCUACAGAGAAACAAACAUAUCAGUUUGACAAUGAAGGGGAACCUCUGUUCUCAGGAAAUGAUAACAUUAAAUAUAUCACUGAGAAUAAAAACAAUGAUAUAUGUGUGGCUGACUGCGAAGCUGCUGCAAUAGUUGUUGUAGAUCAAUACGGGAAACUGAGAUUUCGAUAUACAGGUUGUACAACUUCUAUCAUGGGCGAUUCAUUUGAACCACAUGGUAUCACAACAGACAGUCAGAGUCGCAUCCUAACAGCAGAUAGUUAUAGCAAUUUUAUCCACAUUCUGGAUAAGAAUGGACAGUUUCUUCGUCACAUUUAUAACUGUGAUCUGAUCUUGCCUUGGGGUUUAUGUGUUGACAAUAUAGACAAUUUGUUUGUCUGUGAGUAUGCAACUGGGUUUGUAAAGAAAAUCAAAUAUUGUAAAUUCCUUAUUUAA